CAACAAGCGCACGGUGCUGCUUGGACGGGUCAGGAGCGCAGCCCGCCCCAAGAAUCAAGAAAACGCACUGAAAUCCAGCAAAGUGGGUUUUUUUGUUAGAAAAAAAGUGCUUUGUCAUAAAUUAGAUUUUUGAAAUAUUUUUCUGUGCGCGAGGAUGAGGCGCUUGGUGCUGUUGGCGCUGUGCGCGUGCAGCGCGGUGUUGUGUUUGCCGCAGUCCAGCAGGAAUAAGCGACAGGGACAACAACAGCAGGUCCUGGACAUACCAGCGGAAGAGCUGGCGUUGGCACGCCAAGCUGGCUGUAUGGAGAAUGGGCAGUUUUACAGAGUUAACGACCAGUGGGAACGACCCUACAUGGACAGCACCGUACUGUGCACAUGCAAAGGAUCGGCAGGCGUCCAGUGUGAAUCCAAACCUGCAGCUGAAGAGAUGUGCUUUGAUAAAAUCAACGCGAGGUCAUACCGUGUGGGUGAGACAUAUGAGAGGCCAAAGGAUGGGAUGAUCUGGGACUGCACCUGCAUCGGCUCGGGCCGAGGCAAAAUCAGCUGCACCAUUGCAAAUCGCUGCCAUGAAGGAGGUCGCUCGUACCGAAUCGGCGAGACCUGGACACGACCCCAUGACACGGGCGACUACAUGCUGGAGUGUGUGUGUCUUGGCAAUGGGAAGGGCGAGUGGACCUGCAAACCCAUCGCCGAGCGCUGCUACGACACAUCACAGGGCAUGUCGUACGUGGUGGGGCAGACGUGGGAGAAACUUUAUCAGGGCUGGAUGAUCGUCGACUGCACGUGUCUGGGUGAAGGGAACGGACGCAUCACCUGCACCUCCAGGAACCGCUGUAAUGACCAGGACAUGAGGCAGUCGUACCGUAUUGGUGAGACGUGGAACAAAGUUGACUCGCAAGGCCGCAAGCAGCAGUGCAUUUGUAUGGGAAACGGGCGUGGCGAAUGGAAAUGUGAGAGUCACUUGUCUGCCCAAACCGCCCUGGGUGAGUGCGAUUCAGGUUCAGGCUCGGCCUUGUCCACUGAGGUCAGACCCGUCACUCAUCAGCUGACCAUUGUGCCCGAGUUGGUUGAGAUUGGCGCGUGCCAAACCGGAUCCGGCACCACCUACUACAACGGCAUGCGCUGGGUCCAAACGCAGGGCAGCCAGCAGAUGAUAUGCACCUGUGUUAAUGGAGGCAUCGGCUGUGAAGAAUGGGAUGGUCAGUCUCAGGUGUACGGUGGGAACUCCAAUGGGCAGCCGUGUGUGUUCCCCUUUGUUUUCGGGGAGAAAACACACUACUCAUGCAUCUCUGAAGGCCGAACUGACGGGCAGCUGUGGUGCAGCACCACCUCUAACUAUGACGUGGAUCGCCAGUACUCCUUCUGCACUCAGAGGAACUUGAUGGUUACAACUCGUGGUGGAAACUCCAAUGGCGCUCAGUGCCACUUUCCCUUCCUGUACAACGGGCGUAAUUACACAGACUGCACAGCCGACGGCCGACGCGACGGGAUGAAAUGGUGCGGCACGACAGCGAACUACGACGAAGAGCGACGCUACGGAUUCUGUCCUAUGGCAGCCCAUGAGGAAAUCUGCACAGUAAACGACGUCAUGUACCGCCUGGGGGAUGAGUGGGACAAGCGUCAUGACACCAUGGGUCACAUGAUGCGCUGCAAGUGUUUGGGUAACGGCCGGGGCGAGUGGAGCUGCAUCGCCUACUCACAGCUUCGAGAUCAGUGUAUUGUCGAAGGACUCACGUAUGAAGUGGGCCAGAAGUUUGACAAGCGCCACAAUGAGGGCUACAUGAUGAACUGCACCUGCUUCGGUCAGGGCCGCGGCCGCUGGAAAUGCGACGCUAUUGAUCAGUGCCAAGAAGCCGAGACAAAAGUGUUCUAUCAGAUCGGAGAGGCGUGGGAUAAAGUGAGCCACGGUGUCCAGUAUCGCUGUACCUGUUACGGGAACGGUAUCGGAGAACACGCUUGCGAGCCUCUCCAGGCCCGGGUUCCAGUACGUGUGACCAUCACAGAGACAGCAAACCAGCCCAACUCACACCCCAUCCAGUGGAACCCGCCAGCGUCUGCCCACAUCACCCAGUACAUCCUGAAGUGGAGAGUGAAAAACACUCGGACUCCGUGGAAGGAGGUGGUUAUUCCCAGCCACAUCAACUCCUACACUAUCUCAGGCCUGAAACCGGGCCUCACCUACGAGGGUCAGCUCAUUAGCAUCCUGAGCUAUGGUCACAGAGAGGUGACCAGAUUCGACUUCACCACAUCCUACGGCUCGCUGGUUCCUACGGAAGGCGUGAGCACCGAGCCCAUUCGAGUGGUGGACACGUCGGAAUCCAUCACCGAGAUCACGUCCAGCAGUUUCAUCGUUUCCUGGACCUCAGCGUCUGAAACCAUUUCCGGAUUUAGAGUGCAGUACGAACUAUCUGAGGAGGGAGCCGAGCCCACGGUGAUCGAUCUUCCUCGCACCACCACGUCAGUGAACAUCGACAGACUCCUGCCAGGCCGAACCUACCAGGUCCAGGUUUACGAAGUCGAGCCAGAAGGAACCAUGAACCUCAUCCUCACCACCACUCAGACCACCGCUCCGGACACUCCGACCAAUCACCAAGUUACGGAUGUCGGGGAAACGUCCAUCGUGAUCUCCUGGACCAAACCACAAGCGCCGAUCACCAGUUACCGUGUGGUGUACACCCCAGUUCUUGAAGGCAGCAGCACGGAGCUCAUCCUGCCUGAGACGGUGACCUCGGUGACCCUGGUUGACCUCCAGCCGGGUCAGUCAUAUAAUGUUAGCAUCUACGCCGUGGAAGAAAACCUGGAGAGUGAACCGGUGGUGCUGCAGGUCCACACAGCUGGAGAGCAGCAGCCCGAGGAAGUCCAGGCACCAACUGAGCUCCAGUUCUACGAGGUGACUGACGUGAAGAUCACUAUCACAUGGACCGGACCGCCCAGCGAGGUGUCCGGCUACCGUGUGACCUAUGAACCCGUGGGUUCGGAUGGCCGUGCCACGCAGAAGCCUCUACAGUUCCCCAUCACGCCCAACGCCUAUGCCGAGAUCACACACCUGCAGCCCGGCACCUUGUACCGCUUCCACGUCUACGCCAUCUACGGUGGAGCCGAGAGCCAGCCGCUGGUGGGGGAGAAGUCAACACGACCUAAGGCUCCUACAGACCUGCGCUUCCCAGAUGUCACAGAAGACACUAUUCUGGUGAUGUGGUCUGCCCCACUAGGCCAAAUCACAGGAUACCGCCUCUUUAUAACCACCAAGGAUUCUGCCCGUCCGACACAGGUGAGGGUCCGACCCGAGGAGACCCAGUACACCAUCCAGGACCUGCAGCCGAACACGUUGUACACCAUCACAGUGCACUCGGAGCAGGGCAGCACACUGAGCGAGGGCAUCUCUGGAUCCAUCACCACCUCCGUGCCGUUUGGUAACGCCCCCCGUUUUUCCACGGACGUCACCGACACGUCCAUCAUCAUCUCCUGGACUCCUGUUCCUCGCUUCAGCUACAGAAUGUCAGUGAAACCCAGUCAGGGUGGUGAGGCUCCUAGGGUCGUGACCUCCGACUCAGGAAGUAUCUACAUCUCAGGCCUGACCCCUGGAGUGGAUUACAUCUACAGCCUGCAGCCCAUCUUCAACGGCCGCAGACAGGGCAACCCAAUCACACGCAACAUCAUUACACCCUUGUCUCCACCAAGCCAUCUGAAUCUGGUGUCCAGCCCUGACACAGGCAACCUCAAUGUACACUGGCAGGCUACCACCACUCCCGACAUCACAGGUUACCGGGUGACAUGUACGCCCACCACAGGGCAGCGUGGGAAUUCUCUGGAGGAGUUUGUGCGAGGUGGCCAGACUUCCUGUACACUGGAGAACCUGAGCCCUGGCAUUGAGUAUAACGUCAGUGUCUAUGCCGUUAAAAAUCACUUGGAGAGUGAACCCAUUUCAUCAGUUAUCACACAAGACGUGCCGAAGGUGAGAGACCUCGGCUACGUUAACGUCACCGACACCACCAUCGGGAUUCAGUGGACGCUUAUAAAGAACGCCGCUGUUACGGGAUACCGCAUCACCGUACUGGCCGCCGGGGAGAGUUUGCCCAUCCUGGAGGAUACGCUGGAUUCGUCCACCAGUUUUUAUUUGGUUCGAGGGCUGGAGCCCGGUGUUGACUACCAUAUCAGCGUCAUUGUGCUAACAGAGGAGAGCGAGAGCGAGCCAACAACGAUCACGCAGCAAACGCAAGCUGCCAUUCCUGGUCCCACCAACCUGAAUUUCGGGGAAGUCGGUCCGGACUCGAUGCGCGUCUCCUGGACCCGCCCGUCUGUCCGCCAGUCAGAGAUCAGCCGCUUUGUGAUUCGCUAUCACCCAGGCAAUGAUGAUGACAACAUACAAGAAGUAAAUGUAGGCGGAGCCACCAGCACCUAUCUCCUUCAAAAUCUGCUUCCAGUCACUGAGUACGUUGUUAGCGUGUCGUGUAUGUAUGGUGAGCGAGAGAGCACCCCGGCCACGGGCAGACAGACCACAACUCUCGAUGCUCCCACCACUCUCGUCUUCUCUGAUGUCCACACCCACUCAUUCACGGCACACUGGCGGGCCCCGCGGGCCCAGAUCACAGGCUACCGGCUGGUGUACGAGGCGACCAGCGGGGGGCGCCGCCAAGAGGAGCGUCUGCCACCGAGCCGCACGCAUUACGUCCUGAACAACCUGCAGCCCGACACACUGUACACGAUACACCUCUACGCCAUCAGGGGCCACCAGGAGAGUCAACCUCUCACUGGCACACAGUCUACCAUCUCGGAUGCUCCCACUGACCUGGUAGUGUCAUCAUCCACCCCAACCAGCAUCGUCAUCUCCUGGGACGCUCCUGCCAUUCCAGUGCGCUACUACAGGAUCACCUAUGGACAAAGCGGAGAACGCGGCCCUGGCCAGGAGUUCACUGUGCCAGGUACAGACUCGACGGCCACCAUCACUGGCCUGAAGCCGGGUGCUGAUUACACCAUCACCAUCUAUGCAGUGACCGGCAGAGGAGACAGUCCAGCAUCCAGCACACCGACCAUCAUCACACACCGCACCGGCAGCCACGGCGCCCCAUCUACCACAGACCUAGACGUGAGUGAUAUCCAAGACCAGGCCAUCUUGGUGCGCUGGACCCCUGCCAGAGGCCCAAUCUCCGGUUACAGGGUCACUGGGAAUCCCAAAAACGGAGUGGGACCCACUUUCUCCAAGGAGGUGGGACCUGAUAAGACAGAGUUGAGAAUAACAGGUCUGGUACCAACAGUGGAGUACGUCAUCAGGGUCUAUGCCAUCGGCCGUGAUGGAGAGACCACACCAGUGGUGCAGAAAUCUGUCAAGGCACCAGACAGUCCCACAGAUCUGAGGUACCCUGACAUAGACAGCUCCGCAGUGCCGGACCGAAGCUCUCCCACGGAGUCGGAGGGAACACAUACCACCGCAAGUGUCCCCGCCCCCACCAACAUUCAGUUCGGAGACGUAGGCCCCUCGUCCUUCGUGGUGCUCUGGAGGCCACCAACUGGCAAGCUAAAUGGAUACCGUGUCCUCGUGACACCCAAAAACAACUUUGCGGAACCAAAAGAGAUGAACGUAGCUCCUGAUGCCAUGCAAGUCACCGUAACUGGACUUCUGGUGUCCACAUUGUAUGAGGUGCGUGUGUAUGCUCUGAAGGAUUCAGCCAGCAGCCCACCACUCAUUGGAGAGAUCUCUACAACCGAAGAUAUCAGCCCUCCUCGGCGCUCUCGCAUCAACGAAGUGAAGGACACAAGCAUUACAAUCAGCUGGCGUGCCAAGAUCGAGCCAUUGACAGGCUUCCUGGUUGAGGCCAAGCCCAUUUCAGGAGAAAGUCCAACCAUUCGGAAAGAGCUUUCAGCUGAACAUCGCUCUGCUGUAAUUACGGGUCUUCAGCCUGCCACCACUUACUCCAUCAACAUCUACACACUGAAUGGAGACAGACGCAGCGCACCUUUCACACUCAUCGCUAAAACAAUUGGCUCAUCCCUCCCUGCCCCCACUGACCUCCAGUUCCUGUCUCUGACUCCCAGUUCCAUCUCCUUCAAAUGGCAACCACCCACCAGCCGCAUCACAGGAUAUUACAUCACCUACGAAGAAGAAGGAAGCAGUCCACAAGAGCUCACACCACGCCCGCAUGCCGGCACCAACUACGCCUCCAUCACAGGUCUGAAACCAGCCACUGUGUACAUCAUAAAGAUCAUCGCUCUGCAGAACUCACUGAGAAGUCCACCACUGGUGGGCAAGGCCAGAACGCACUAUUCGGGGUCUACGCUGCCCGUACUUCCGCACCACAACACUGGUGGUCCCAUGGACGUGCCCGAGACGGAAAUCGUGGUGAACGUGGUCGGUCCGACAGUGCAGCCAAGACCAGACGAGCGUGGCCAGGGCAUGGAGUACACCGAAUACAACAACCAGCUCACUCCACCUCACAGUGGGCAACGACCGAACCCAUACGUCCCUGGGACGGGCCAAACUCUCAUCUAUGUGCCCGCCCCGGGGCCGGAUGGGUCGCGAGUGCCCAAAGUGGUGCAACUGAGCGACAGGAAUGCUCACGGUUUCCUUUUUCCAGAAAAUAAGACCGGGACGCCGCAGGAGGCUCAGACUCAGACCACCAUCAGCUGGAACCCCUUCAAGCAGAGCAAGGCCUACAUCGUGACCUGCCAUCCAAUCACACACCCCACUGAGAAGAUGUUCCAGAUGCAACUUCCUGCCACCUCUACCAGUGCCACACUGAUCGGCCUCACGUCCGGCGCUUCCUACCGUGUCCUCGUCGAGGCUCUAAAGGACGCACUCAAGUACAAAAUCCUUGAUGAGGUCAUAACCACCAGUAACACAGAUCCAGCAAGAGUUCCAACCAGCGACGAUUCGUGCUACGACACCUUAACCGCUACUCAUCACAACAUAGGGGAUGAGUGGGAGCGCAUGUCAGAUACCGGCUUCAAGCUGUGGUGCAGAUGCCUGGGCCUGGGCAGCGGCCACUUCAGAUGCGAUUCUUCCAAGUGGUGCCAUGACAGCGGCCACAACUACCGCAUCGGUGAGCGCUGGGAGAGGCGAUCAGAAAACGGUCAACUGAUGAGCUGCACCUGUCUCGGCAACGGCAAAGGAGAGUUCAAGUGCGAGCCACACGAGUCAACGUGUUACGAUGACGGAAAAACGUACCAGGUGGGCAACCAGUGGCAGAAGGAGUAUCUUGGUGCCAUCUGUACCUGCACUUGUUACGGAGGACAGCAGGGUUGGCGCUGUGAAAACUGCAAAAAGCCCGGAACUGAGAUCAACACCCAUCUGCUGAAGCCGGUCCGCUACGGAGACGGCAUCGCUAGAGUGAAUAUUCACUGCCCAAUCGAGUGUCUCCGGCCAGAUAUCCUGGCCGAUGCCGUGGCCAAUCCCAACCCAAGAGAGUGAAGUGAUAAAAUCCAUCGCUUCUGUUAACAUGCCUCAGAUCCAUCACAAUUUUGAGACUGUUUUAACCCCCUAGUGUCUUAAAGCCUUCCUACUGGCUACUGCAAACACCGCUGCUGCUUCCCAGCCAAUCAGCAUAGCCGACAUGAUGCCAUAGCAAUUUUCACUGCUUUUAAUUGGCUGUGUUGUCGUCCAGGCAUUUGGAAUUUCAUCACAAAUAAAUAAAAUGAAAAAAAAACACCUAUAUUUCCAGUGUUAUUAAAAAAACCCUUAAUGAUAAAUGUUUUUAUAACUGCACAAAGAAUAGCAUAAAUCAAGCACUGAGAAUGCUGAGAAUGUUCCAUGAGCUUUCAGCACAUCAAGCUUUUUUUAAUUCAUCCUUUUUUUCUUCUUAUGGCGUGAGUUUUUCUGUCAGAGCCAGCACUGUGUAGAUCAAGAUCUGAUUUUUGCUUCUGAUUCGUCGAAUGCUUUAUGAUUUAUUUAUCCAUUUGGUCCCUCAAGUGUUUUCAUUAAAGAAGGUAAUUGUACUGUUGGUGGCAACGUCUUCACUACUGUUUCAUUCCCAUUUUUAAUAAACUUUUAGAAAGGA